GAAGGCUGGAAAAGCAAAUAUGCUGGUACAGAGUUCAAAGUCAGGAUUAGGUUCGACGAGGCUGGACAAGUAAAAAUAAAAUUGUUAGGGCCAAAGAACAAAAGGCAGAAACAAAAAAAGAUGGGCUCAUCUCUCCAUGUUAUGCAGUCACCUAUGGGUUUCGGGCGAAGAACACAUAUGUUGGUGAUUCUUCCUCGGUCUGUUGCAAUGUUGUGGAGGGGUGGUGAACACUUUGUUUCUGAGAUAGCCCAAGAGGAAAAGGCACAACAAGUCAGGUCAGGAAAUCUUCCAAUAGCACCAGCCAGACCCGCGAACUGACUCUUGCAAUGUUUAAAUUGAAUGAUUAUUUCGACAACCACGACUACAUGUAAAUAAAAUGACUUAUCAUUUAAAAGAGGGGAAACAUGGCUUCAUGAAUCAUUUACGAUUAUAUCAGAAAAAAAUUAAUAAAGGAGCUGAAUCCAUUCAUUUUGGAGACAACGACGGCAGGCGUGACAACCA